AUGUACCUCUCAACAAACACACGACCAGACAUUACCUUUGCUGUCAGCCAAGUGGCACGAUUCUCCUCUGAGCCAAAGCAAUCUCAUGCAACCGCUGUGAAAACAAUUCUUUGUUACCUGAAACGCACUUGCACAAAAGGCAUGAUCAUCAAACCUACCGGAAAACUGAACCUUGAUUUGUUUGUCGAUGCCGACUUCUGUGGACUCUAUAAUACAGAGCCUCACACCAAUCCAAACUCCGUUCGAUCACGCACCGGGUUUAUUGUAAAGUUGAGCAAUUGCCCACUGAUUUGGCGCUCCCAGCUACAAACAUCCAUCACUUGCUCCACGCUUGAGGCCGAAUACAAUGCUCUCUCUUCUGCUCUAAAGACCUUAAUUCCAUUGAAGCAUCUUCUCAUUGAAGCCACCAACCACGUUGAACUUGACAACGGCAUCCGCGCCACCAUUUGGGCCUCAGCAUUUGAAAACAACCAAGGAGCAUAUUUUCUAGUUACCAAAAAAAGAAUCACAUCUCGCACCCGCUGGUAUCUCAACAAGUGGCACUGGUUCUGGCAACACGUCACCAAAGACGGUGUUGGCCCAGAAACUGUUGCCAUCCACGAGCUGGACACAUCGCUCCAAGAUGCUGAUUACCUCACAAAGGCACAGUCUUGUGAACCUUUCGAGAGCAAUCGCUUUCAAGUGCAAGGGUGGUAA